CCUAUAUAUAAUAUAACAUUCAUUCAUAAAAGAAAGCCCAAACAAUUAACCCAUCACCCACUUACCGGCCCCUCCCUCUUCAUCGUCGCCGGCGCCGCCCACCCUGCCACCAUCGUUGCUCCUCAAUCAUCUAACAGGAUAAAUAAAUAAUGGAUUUUAGAGAUGGAGCUCACAACUUGUAUCAUAUUAUUGUUGCUAUUGGAUAUUUUGGGCUUCAACUAGUAUGGUACUUUAUGCAAAUCAUUGUCAGUGCAUGGUAUCACAUAUCAAUCGUGGGUAAUAUGUUUGAAAGCUAUUUCAUCUCUUAUGAAGUAUUGAACAAAUACAAGUCUCUUCAUAUAGGAAAGCUUCGGUACCUUGCCGUUGUCAUAGAGAGUGAGGAGGCUCAUCAGAUGUCAAAAGUUAUUAAUCUUUUGCGGUGGCUGGACUCGGUUGGUGUAAAAAAUGUAUGCCUCUAUGACAUGAAUGGAGUGUUGAAAAAGUCAAAGGACACCAUAUUUCAAAUAAUGAAGAAUGCAAAAUCCAUAGAGGAAGUUAAUGAAGACGUGACACACCAUGCACCAGAUCACAUGACCCUAGAAUUUGUUUCCUAUGUGGAUGGGAAGGAAGCAGUGGCCAAAGCAGCUAACUUGAUUUUUGUUGAGAAUUUUAAGCGACAUGACAUAGGUGGAGAACUUGAUCAUCAAAUAUUGUUAGAGUCUCACCUGAAUCAGGCACUUCAAAUUGUUGGUUGCAAAGGCCCUGAACCUGACCUUUUACUCGUUUACGGACCUGUGAGGAGCCAUCUUGGUUUUCCUCCAUGGAGAAUUCGGUAUACAGAGAUCGUACAUAUGGGAUCUUUGAACUUCAUGAGAUACGGUUCCUUGAUAAAAGCCAUUUACAACUUCACAAAAGUGCGCCAUAAUUAUGGUACAUAGGGAAGGAAAUCAAUUAGAAGUAAACCGACUGUGCAAGCACAAAGCAUAGGCGUGAAGAAUAGAAAAAAUACCUAGCUAAACAUCAUUAUGGAGGAAGCGUUUCACGAUAGUAGUGUGUAAAUGUGUCCUGAUAGAAAUAGAAUUACAAGUAAUGAUUUAGUUAUACACUCACUAAAAGGUUUUUAAAAAUAUUAAGUUAUCUUUACCCUCACUAGUCACCAAAUAUUAAUUUUGCUCUUGCUUUAUUUUGCUGAAAAAACCCAUGUAACACUACAAUGGCAUUGUAGACUGUUAUGAGUAUGAGGUGCCCAGCUUCUUGUGUGAAGCAUCUAGUUUCUGAUAUGAAGUUUUUCCUUUGGUCCCUAUGAGAUAUAAAGUUUGAUCGCCUAUAAAUUUCAAAGUACAUGCACAAUAUUUCCAAUAUUCAGAACAAAAAUAGGUCAAUGAUAUAAAACUUUAUAUAUGUUGAUUUGUGGAAAAGAGUAUAUAAGUUGAAUAUCUCAGGUUCAAUGUAGAUUUUUUA